AUGACCAUCAAGACGAACAAGCACGGGCGAUUCUCGAGCAGAUUAGCCUCGGCCUUCAGCGAAGAGUCGAUACUGCUAAUCUAUGACAUUGUGCUACCUGAUUCUGGACCCACUGCCCGGCAUGCCACCUUGGCGGACAUGAACAUGAUGAGCGCACUUGCUUCGAAGGAACGAUCGGAGGGGGAAUGGCAAGCGUUGCUGGAGUCGGCCGGACUUCGGAUUGUCAAGGUAUGGAAGUAUGCAGAUGAGACUGGUGAUUCUGUCAUUGUUGCUCAGCGUACCGAAGCGCCUCUAGGCGAAUAA